AUGCUACGUUGCAGCAUGCUUCAGCGCAACAUGGGGCUUGGGGACACCUAUGUCAAGAAGGUCUUUGACACUGUAGCUAGCAAGUAUGACUUGAUGAAUGAUGUGCUCUCGCUUGGCGUACAUCGAAUGUGGAAACGGCACUUCGUGGAAGAUUGUGUGCGUCCAUGCCCUGGCGGCAAAUUUCUUGACGUUGCUGGCGGCACUGGCGACAUUGCCUUUCGAAUUGUAGACGAAAUCCGAAGGACGGAGAAGUCUUUUGGCCUUGUCCCGACACCGCGGCACCAGACGGAAGUGACAGUGCUGGACAUUAAUGAAAAGAUGCUCUGCGAGGGGGAGGCACGUGCCAUGCGAGAGGGAUACCACGAGGUUUCUUGGGUUCUUGGCAGCGGAGAAGAGCUGCCUUUUGAUGAUCUGCACUUUGAUAGCUACACAGUGUCUUUUGGCAUCCGUAACUUCAGUGAUCGUCCAAAGGCUCUACGUGAGGCGUAUCGUGUGGUGCGAGUUGGGGGUGUUCUGAAUAUUUUAGAGUUCAGCACAGUGACGUGCCCACUGUUAAGUGUGCCGUAUGAUGUUUGGUCAUAUGGCAUCAUCCCAAGGGUGGGACAAAUGCUGGCGGACAGGGAGAGCUAUCAGUACCUCGUUGACAGCAUACGUGACUUUCCAGAUCAAGAGACAUUUGCCCAAAUGAUACGUGACGCGGGAUUUGGGUAUGUACGCUACGAAAACCUCACGGGUGGCGUCGCAUGCAUUCACACAGCCGUCAAGACGGAGCCGCAGCGGGUGCAACACCAACCAAGCCCGCUGGAGGCGGCAGCCAAGAAGUCAAAGGAGGAAAAGGAAACAGCGGAUGAGGGACGGCUUGACCCUGCGUAA